GUGCUUUACAAGAUCAUAAUGUCCGCUCAAGUGCUUGUAUCUCGCCCGUAUGCUCCGCAGGGUAUCCCCGUCGGGAGCCUACCAGCCCGCAGUGUGGAGCUGCCCAGUAACUUGGGCGAGCGCUCCUCCUCUGGCCUAGCCACUGCAGGCUUCCGUACAGCUAAGUACCUGCAGGAGGAAUGGCAACAGGGCAACUACCUAACUUUUUACCAGGCAUUUGCGGACAGGGACAAUUCAGAGAGGGUGAGGCACGAGGGGAAGCAACUGGCAGCGGAGGCCGAGGCCAGGGCUCAGCGCAGUCAGGCUGACUGCACUAAGAAGCUAGGGGAAAGGCUGCUGGACAUUCACUUCUGGAAGUCGGAGCUGGCGAGGGAGAUCCAGGAUCUAAACGCAGAGACACAGCUCCUGGUGCAGCAAAAGGGGAGGCUGGAGAGGGCACUGGAUACCACCGAGAUCCCCUAUACUAUAGCCACGGAUAACCUGCAAUGUAGGGAGAGAAGGCUGGGGGGCGAGCUGGUGAAAGAUACGGUGGAGCUGGAGCUGCUGAAGGAAGUUGAAUUGAUCAGAAAUGUUCAAGAACUGCUAAAAACGACCCUGGGGCAAACUGUUCAGCAGAUACGGCUGAACAGAGACUAUAAAGAAGCUCUGGAAAUGGACUGGUCAGACAAGGUAGAAGCCUAUGAAAUUGAUGACAAGUGUGGGAAGUACAAUAAUCAAAGCACGGAAAUCCAAUUCCAUCCCAACUCAGCAAAAUAUGAAGACAACACUACCACCACAGAAUCUUGGGCUCAGCACAGCCAUGACAUCAUAUACAAGUCAGAGAGAGAGAGAAUGGCUUCUAUCAACCUGCGUUCUCUGAUAGACAACAUCCUGCAGGAUACAGCUGAGGAUCUACGGGUCCAGUGUGCUACAGUAGAUAGCUCCUUCGCCCAGCGCUGCAGGGAGGUAGAGGAUGCCAAAUACAAGCUGGAAAGUCACCUGAAAAAGGUUCUUGUAGAAAUUGGAGAUCAAGAGAAAAACAUUGCUGCUCUCAAGCAAGCGAUAAAAGACAAGGAAAGUCCAAUGAAAGUUGCACAGACUAGACUAUACCAGAGAUCAUAUAGACCUAAUGUGGAGCUCUGCAGAGAUCCUCCACAGUUCAGUUUAAUCAGCGAAGUUGGAGAACUCACGCAGUCUGUAGAGGUCCUGAAACAGAAGCUAGAGGAAUCUGAGCAAGUUCUUAAGAAUCUGGAAGAAUCAAGAAUGUCUGUUGAAAAAGAUGUAGCCAACAAGGCAAACACCCUCUUCAUUGACCGGGAUAAAUGUAUGACCCAUCGCACCCGUUAUCCAGUCGUAAUGAAGCUCUCUGGGUACUAAUAGAACUACCCUUAAAGGGCCAUUAAACCCAAAAAUUUUCUUUCAUGAUUCA